ACUAAAAUCAGCUUCAAAAAUCCAAAAUGACGUUUUUCUAAAAAAAAAUACGGAUUUUUAACCAAAAAUCUAAUUAAACUACAAUUAAUAACAGGAUCGUGAGAUCUUUAUAUUGAGUGGUAUAGUGCAAGUGUUGUGUUUGCAAAAUGUCGUUAUUUCGGAAGCCGAAAAAGAUUCAGCGUCGUGUGUUUUGUGCUGAUGAUGACGAAGGGGAGCCUGAGGCGCCGCCGCCGCCAGUCAUCAGCCAAGAAAGGGAAAAAGAAGCUAAAUCCGUCAAAAGCACUCCUCUGUUGAGUUUCGCCGACGAAGAGGAAGAUGGUGAAGUAUUCAAAGUUAAGAAAUCUUCUCAAAGUAAGAGAUUGGCUAAGAAGAGAGAGAAAGAGAAGCAGAAGCGUGACGUGAGAACGGAUGGUGAUAAUAACAAAUAUGACAAUAAUAUACUUGAGGAAAAGAACAACCACACAGAUGGGACGAACGACAAACCAAAGACAAAGAAGAAGGUGACAUUAGAGGGGCUGAUACUGGCCGGUCGCGAGGCGCUGGCGGCUGACGGCGCUGGCGACGUGUCAGACGACAGCGCGGCGGGCGAGGAGGAAGAGGAAGAAGAUAAUAGGGGGUUCCACCGGUACCGCGCCGAGUCCGUGCGGGCCGCGCUCAUGGGCGCGCCGGGCCGCAUUCCCGACGCCGCGCUCAUACACGCCGCCCGCAAGACAAGACAGCAGGCUCGCGAGCUCGGAGGUGACUACGUGCCGCUGAAGUCUGAGGCGGCGCCCGGCUCCCGGCUGGUCAGGGACGACGGCUCAGGCGAUGAUGAGGAGGAAGGCAGGAUACAUGUCCGGGGCUUGGACUUGCCCAGUGAUAAGCCUAAACGUGGCACAGCGGCAGCCUCAGAAGAGGAACUGGACAGCGAGGCAGAGGAAUGGGAGGAACAACAGCUGCAGAAGGCGAGGCCAGCGCUCGUGGAUCUCACUGGUGAAGGUGCAGUAGAAAUGAACCCGUUCUCGGUAGCCCUGCCGGCGCCGCAGCUGUCUGCGCCGGAGCACCUGCGUCCGCUCACCACGAACGACGCAGCCCCGACGUCGGCUAACGAUCUUGUUGAUGCGCUUAAAAAACGGUUACAAGAACUACGCGUAGAACGCGACGCAACAUCAACUACGCAGAAGGAACUACGCGACAGGUUGUUGACCUCUGCCCGUAUACGCGAGAGUCGGGCGGCGCGGUGCGGCGAACUGGACGCCGCGUAUAAGAGGGCUCAAGCUAUACGCGGUUUCUUGACCGAUCUUAUCGAGUGUCUUGAUGAGAAGAUGCCACAGCUGGAGGCGUUAGAAGCCCGUGCCCUGGCGCUGCACAAGCGUCGCUGCGAGUUCCUCAUCGAGCGGCGCCGCGCCGACCUCAGGGACCAGGCGCAAGAUGUACUCACUACUCCUGGUCGAGCGGCAAACCUAAAGCCAUCAGAAAACGAGGAGAAGACGCGUCGUGCCGCAGAACGCGAGGGCCGGCGUCGAGCGCGGCGCCUCAAGCGCGAGGCCGCCGCCGCCGCCGCCGGCGCCGCGCUGCCGCACAGGGACGGAGACUCGUCGGAUGACGAGCUGCCGCCGCAGGAGCUGCACCAUUAUACUACCGAGAGAGACAGUAUACGAGCAGCCUCAGCGCAGCUGUUCAGCGACGCUUUGCCCGCGUGGCGCAGUGUGUCGGGCGUCUGCGGGCGGCUGGCGGGCUGGCGGGCGCGGGCCCCGACCUACAGCGACGCCUAUGUCGCCGCCUGCCUGCCCAGGCUGCUGGCGCCUUAUGUCCGCCAUGAGCUAAUCCUAUGGAACCCGCUAGCAGACGAAGACAACGAGGAUUACGAGAAAAUGGAUUGGUACAAAUGUCUGAUGAUGUACGGCGUCCGGUGGGAGCGGCCGGCGGACUCGUCGGAGUCGGCGUCGGACGACGAGGUGGAGCCGCCGCCCGUCACGGAGACCACUGUAGACGACCCGGACCUUAUGCUGGUGCCCGCUAUAGUUAGCAGGGUUGUGCUGCCUAAGUUGACAGAGCUAGUGACAUACGCGUGGGACCCGCUAGUAGUCCGCGCGUGUCCGCCUGCGCGGUGCGUUGUUCGCGCGGCCGCCACGCCGCAGUGCCGGCCGCUGCGGCGUCUGUCCACCGCUAUACGAGCGAGGCUCAGCGCAGCGCUGGGCGCUGACGUCUUCCUGCCUGCUUUGCCGCCGCACGUACUGGAAGGCGCGGGCGGCGCGUUCUGGCGGCGUUGCUUAGGCGCGGGCGUGAGGCUGCUACGGGCUACGUUAGCGUUGGCCGGCCCGCCCGCGCCACUUUAUGCGGACCCUUGGUCUUAUCACUACACGCUAUGCUGCGGCGCGGGUGCAGCAGGCGGGCCGUACAUCGCGGCGGCGGCCGUCGCACUUUGCGACACGCUGCCGCGCGACGCCGCGUUACGUGCGCGAGCACUCGCGCGACUCGCCGCACUCGCCACGCUGGCACUAUCGCGGCUGGAUACUGACAACCCGCUGCAUUUAAAAGCCCUGGAGCAAGCUCGAGCAGUGAUCGCAGAAGCCCGCGCGGUUGAAUGACCCACACAGCUGAUGACGUCACACUGCCCGCGAACCGUCACACAGCCGCGACCCGCCUGACUAAACACGUGAAAGGAAUAGAGUAUACGCCUUUAUUUUAUGUUCUGAUGGUCUUUUAUCGUUCAAAGUGUAAGCAAAAAGGUUCAGAAAGUUCUUGUAAAAAGUUACAUUGUUUCUACAAAUGUAGUUCCAUGGAACAUACACGGAACGAUUUAUUUUCUCGACAAAAUGAACGUAACGUUGUACCCAGUUUAUUUUCAUGUUGUUUAAUUAAUAAACUCGCGUAGUUACAAUAUUAUGUGAAUAUUUUUUCAAUAUUUUGUCUGAUCGUGAUGUCAGUUUACGCUCGUUUCCGGGCAUUGAUAUACCUACUUGUGUCGAGUUUUGUAUAAGUGAAAAAGAAACAUGGGCUAUAUUUAUAUACAAUGUGAAAUUAUUUAUUUACAUAAGAUAACACCAAUGCAUAAUUCUAAAUAUGAAUACAAAGCAAUAUUUCAUGUUUUCUUAAAAAUGUGCCUUCAUUGAUUUAUUCGUAUAAUAAAUUCAAUUCAAUUCACAAUUAAAGUAUUUAAUUAAUAUCAGUAUACAUACAAAGCUAUAUUGUACAUAUAGUAAUAUAGAUUAACCAUUAUGUAAUUUGCUUAGAGGCAAUAGUUGAAUUUCUAUGGUAUUGUAAGGUAAAGCACAGAUAUGCAAAAUGAAUCAUUGAUUGGUAACUUUCUCGUAUUGAAUUAAUGGAGUAGUAUGGAAAAAAUCAGGUCUUCAGAAUAAUAACGUCUAGUUUUUUUUCCUGGCGUGGUAGGGAUUUACAGACAAUUAAUAAUAUAACGUCUCGAUAGUAGCAAGAAAUAUCGAUCAUGAGAUCCUUCAGAAAAUCUUCCCUUUAAAUGUUGUGAAAAUAUAAAGAGGACCUAACAUUAUUUACAAGCAAGUGUCCUAGGUUCGUGAUGGAAUGUUGUGCCCUUGAAUGUAAUAUAUUUUCUUAGCUCUUUUAAGUCAUAUUUUUGUACGUCGUUCAGUCGAACAGUAUGCGUUGACUAUUAAUUUCUUGUCGCAAAAAGUGUACCACAAUACACUUCCAUUUGUAUGGAUCACAUUGGCCCCUAGUGGACGAAGUAAUGUUAUUUUCAUAGAUUUCUAGUUUGCAUACGAAUUGAAAUGUUUUGUACAUAAAAUAUGGAGUCUUCUUAGACCCAUAAUGAGAUAAAUGGUAGCACAUAGAUUCGUGCCUCAAUUUUUGUUUCACAAAUAAAGAUGAGAUCAUUUCGUGUGAUUACAGCUACAGUGAAUUAGUAAAUUCAUGUGAAGAAUAGAAACUGUAAUGUUAGAAAACGUAAAUAGUAUUUUCAGUGGUAGAAUUGUCACAUUUGAUGUUAGAUUUCUUUGACCAUAGAGUAUCACUAAGGGUCAGUUGCAUCAUUUAACUAUAACGAUAACCAAAUAACAUAACCAGCCGUGUACUGGCCGUUCCUUGGUCAAAUCGGCGAUUUGCGAAAUUAAAGUUAUGAAUGAAUCGGUUAUAGGUAUAAUAUGGUGCAACUCACCUUUAUGAAUAAAUACAUGAAACUAUGUACUUUUUCUCAUGAGGUUUUCAAUUGUUUUCUAUAUAAUUGUAAUAAGGCGUAGUAUUGAAGUUGUGAUGGCUGUCUCACUUGAUCAUUGUGAAUGAUAUAUCAUAGUUAUUUAUGUAUACUGUAGUAAGUAACAGAACAGGAUGUCUCGUGUGAGGUUCUGAACAAGGAUGAUAAAUAAAUGAUUUGGGUUUAAAAGUG